AUGACCCACACGACAACAGUUUGUGUCUUCUGUGGAUCCUCAUUCGGAAAUAAACCAAACUUCAUCGUCCAAGCUACUGCCUUAGGUCAAACCCUCGCCCAAAAAAACUGGGGAUUAGUCUAUGGAGGCGGCACUACCGGAUUAAUGGGUGCAGUUGCCAAAGCAUGUACAACAUCAGGAGGAUACGUUCAUGGUAUCAUUCCAGAAGCAUUAAUCACCCGAGAACGUACUGAUACCAAUGGUGGUGCUACUAGUGCUGAUAGUAUAAAUGAAAAAUUAAAACAAUCAAUUGAUAAUCAUACUGGAGUGACUCCAAUUCCUGAUUCGACGGAAUAUGGGAAAACUACAUUGGUUAAAGAUAUGCAUACCAGAAAGAAAUUGAUGGGACAAGAAGCGGAUGCAUUUGUGGCCAUGCCUGGAGGAUAUGGGACUUUAGAAGAGUUGAUGGAGGUUGUUACUUGGCAUCAAUUGAAUAUUCAUGAUAAACCAAUUGUUAUUUUUAAUAUUGAUGGGUUUUUUGAUAAUUUUUUACAAUUUUUACAAGAUUCUAUUAAGAGUGAAUUUAUUAGUGUUAAGAAUGGUGAGAUUAUUAAAGUGGCUGAUACUCCUGAAGGAGUUAUUACAGCGAUUGAAGAAUAUGUUGCUCCUGAAGGGAGAUUUAAUUUGAAAUGGGAUUCAGGGUGUGAAUCUGAAUCUCAAGAAGAUUCAAUGAAUCAUUUGAUGACAAAACACAAGGAGAGGUUAUUUAAAAAUAUAUAA